UGUAAUUUUUAUCGAGAACUUCUCAAGUAUUUCGUCAACAGAUAAAGAUUCAAGAUUCUUAAAACAUUUUAGUCAAAGCUCAUUUGAUUAUAUGAGCUGGACUAAAGGAACGCACAAAUCCAUCGAGUUCUUUAUAAUUAUAGAACUAUUAACCGAUUGGGCAAAAAAGUGUAAUAUAAAGGAGUGGGAUCAAUAG